CGCCGCGCGACGACGAUGACGUCACCGCCCGCGGUCGCCAUGGAGACCCCGCGCGCGCGUCCACACACAACGACGCGGCCAUGGCGGCGCCGGGCGCGAUGGACGCGACCCUGGUGGCCCUCCACAGCCGGCACCGGGUGGCAGAGGAGCAGCGCGACCUGGAGCACAGGGCGGCCGUGAGGCUCCAAGCCCAUCUCCGAGGGUGCAGGGUGCGGGCCUACCUGCGCUACUUACGUGAAAAUGCAACAGUUAUCCAGAGGCAUUGGAGAGGGUACGCGGACCGGAAGGUGUUUCGAGCCAUCGUUAAGGAAGCUGUUCUCAAGAUGAAGUUGGCUUUUUUUAAUGCGAUGGCUGUAAAGAUCCAGAAAAUAUGGCGUGGCUACUACGUUCGGAAAUAUGUGCACAAUUACUAUGCUCUGAGGAACUAUCUUGAUGGGCUUGCUAUAAAGCAUGAGAUCAUCAGGAAUGAGCUGGAUGAAUAUGCAGCCGUCCAGUCACAGGAUCGGCAAUUCCUUGCCCUGCAAACGGCUGAGCAGCAGAGCGACUACCAAGCACGGAAGACACACUACUUGCUCAGCACCCACCAGAUUGCUGGGAUCUAUAACUCGCCGUUCCUACCGUGCCCCAUGGAGAUGGAGUACCGGCUGUUGCAGGCGAGGCCACUGAGCCACAGGAAGCCCUUGGCUAUGAUGGAAGAGAGCGCUGGGAUGGAAAAAUCGACACUAACCCCGCAUCCGCCACGGACGCUGCCGCCCAUCUGUGCUCCAAAACCACAGGGCCCGUUUAAAGAUCCUGCGGAGGUUUGGAGGCAGCGGCAAAAGCCGCUAGAGCCAUCGGUGCGUGUGGCGACACCCUUUGUGUGCCUGGAAGAGGCCCCCAAAGUCCUCCGCAGGGAAGAGUGGAAGAAGCAUGCCACCGACACCCAAUUCCUGCCCGCCGUCAGUGCUCACAAGAACAGAAAGUACGAGCCACUUCUCCACACGUCCUCGGACUACGGCCACAUCCCCUAUGGUAGCAAGCAUUUCCGGGAUGAGCAGCCUAACAAGAUCAUCUCCAAUAAAGCGUACCAUACCGUCUUUCCACCAAUCCCCAUCUUCGAGAAGCUGGGGAAGACCUACUCCCAGGGACAGGAGGUUUGAGGCAUGCGAAUGGAGCUGUUCCUUGGAGAACUAGAAAUGUAGAUGAAAUGGAAAAAAUACAACAACAAGAAAAAACAACGUAAACAAGUGUGUGGUGAUUUGGGAAUUGCUAUUUUUAAAUGAAAGAAGAUGUUAUAUUUCGAACAGCCUAUUUGUAUUAAAACAGGAAGAACCUUUCAGGUAAAUGAGAUUACAUUCACAGGCACUUCAGUGAUUAAGAUGCAUCAUAGGAUAAGUGAUGAUGAGUAAAAAAAACAACUUGCUUUGUCUUUGCUGGUGUAUCUUUGACAUUACCACUAUGGGAGGAAGGUUGCAUUGCUGGUGAUAAUGAUAAAGCUGUAAUAAGCUUUACUUGAAAAUAAUCUGUAAACUGUUCUUGUUUAAUACUAAUGGGACCUUAAAAUGUUGCUACCUCAACGUUUACACAUUUUACUAAUCUAAUACAUUGAAAAUUGGAUAUAUGGUCACUCACCCUUGCUUGUUUGUAUGUAGCACACUGGCAAUACUGAUUUAUGAACAUUAACAGCCAUGUCCAAUGCUUAAAUUUAACUCAAACAAAUGUGGCCGCCUACCUUUGUCUUUUAGUUUGAAUGUAAUUACUUAAAAUGUAAUUUUAAUUUACAGUAAACAUUCCAAUUUUAGUUUUUCUUUUUGCGUUGUGAUCCGAAUUUCUCACAAACAAAAACGACAUUUAUUGAGCCAAACUGUGCUUGUGCAAAUUAAAACAUGGGUGGUUCAAGCAUGUAGGCCAGUACAAAAACAUACGAUGACACUUCCUAAUUGAAACCAGGUCACAUGCAUACGAAGCACUUUCCGCUGCUGAAGAGAAAUCAAUGGUGGGCUUGUUUCAGGAAGCUUCCCAGCUGUCUGACAAACAAUCCUGCUGGUUUUUUCUCUAACUCGUGUGCCUGUAGAGAACUUGUAAUUCCCGAUGAUGCAACAGACAUCACAGUCAGAUAUAGACAGUUUACAAAUACAGUAAAACCUUGGAUUGCGAGCAUAAUUCGUUCCGGAAACGUGUUUAUAAUCCAAAGCACUCGUAUGCCAAAGCACUCGAAAAUCAGUUGUGAUCGCGUGACGCUUGGCAGACAAAGCGUAUACACGUACUACUCGUAUUGCAAGACCUCGCUCGUUUAUCAAAUUAGUAUUUAUUUAAAAAAAUUGCUCGUCUUGCAAAACAAUCGCAGACCAAGUUACUCGCAAUCCAAGGUUUCACUUUUUCUGUCUGGUCACACGCUCACAGCGGAUUGCGUCCGUGGUCUGGUGCCUGGUCAGCUCUGCCCGCUUGUGCCCAGGGUGUGUGUGUGUGUUGUCGGACCUGUUUGCUGACUGCUUGCUGCCACCCAGUGGCGACAAUCCGUCUGCUGGGUAUCGACGCGACACGCGCCGCUAAAACAUCUCUACGCAGUACCAUUUGCCAGUGUCUAGAGUUGGGAAAAUAAAAAUAGGAAAUAAAGUUUUGUGCAUUUACACAAGAUGAAUACAACGGACUCUUUGCUGUUGUUGCACUGCUCUUGGCGUCGAGAAGGAGCCAAGGGAAACGUAGGCCGAGUUACAACUGCAGACAGGUUUAAAUGAAAGUGCCAAAUGAUCCUUCUGGCGGUACCCCGGGGUACCAAAUAAUACAAACUGGCCGAGGCAAUUAAAUAUUUUAUUUCUGGGACACUAGUUUUUCCAGGGGUGUACUUCACUCCGCGACUUUGGGGGUACCCAUCAAUCCGAAAUCGGUGCCACUCCGCGAUGUUGAAACGCAGCGAGGACGAUUGCGCUGAAACCCUGAACGCUCGUGGUACGCACCGUGGUGGUGCAUCGUGUACAGCUCGUCGAGAUGAGUCGAUUGCCGCAUCGCCGACCAUCAACAGACUAGCAGUGACUGCAUCACAGACAUGAUGUGAGAGCCGGGGGCACCGCCUUAAGGUUCAUAUGUACCUGCACACAUGGUCACGAAAUCUCAUACUAAGUAUUGCAGUGCUCGAGAAAUGUGUUCCUAUCUUUUAUAUAAAAUGUAUGUAAAAUAUAUUGAUCUAAAGCAUGGUUUUAACGGAUUGCCACCCUCAAUCAUUCUCUAUAGUACAUUCAUUUUAAGAGAGAGUCCUGUUUCCAGAAAACAUAUUUUAGAACAUUGACAGUGCUUUAACUCAGAUGAAAAUGUGUAUAGCUGUGUGCGUUUGUGGCUGCCAUUUGAUAUGAAAACAGUUUGCAUGAAGUUGACAAGCAUCCUUUCACGAGGCAUUGCUGUUAAAUGUAAGAUGCGAUUGAAGCAGUGGACUGGAAGAGGUUAAUGGAAGGGACUCACCAAUUGGCAAGAAGCUGACUUGGCAGCUGUUCCUCCAACAUCACAGCCCUCUGCGGCCACCCACGCACCAAACGAGCCUACCACAGACGCGCACUUUUCUUGGACAUACGGUGCUUUGAUAGGAAUAUGUUGAAUCUCGGUAAAAAUUGUUUGUCUACCAAAACACAAAAGCACAAUUGGUGGCAGAAUGCCAGUGCGCAUAAAAGCACAACAGCCGGCUGGCUGCCAUCUAUCUCUGCGUACAGACAAUUUCACAAAGGCUACUGUGGGCACAUUCCGCUUUGUAAGAAGUAUUACUUUGUCAAUGAGCCAUACUGAUGACGGUAUGAAAACACUUAUCAUCAAUUCUAAAUAGCAUGCGCAGAAUUCAAAGUUUGCUCUUCGUAAAUGUGCUUUUUAUGCCAAAAGGAAAACAUUAAAAUGGUGUUAGUUACUGUUGUUUCUUGGGGAACACUUAUUGAUACUCUGGUGCUCGUAAUAUCGGCUCAAAUUUGAGUGCGGCAUUUUGCCACAAGGUCACACAAAUGUUGUGCCGUGUGUACAUUAUAAAAGCUGUUCGGUGGCUCUUGGUUCAAGGGGCUGAAAAGAGUAAAAGGUCAGAAACCGGCAGCGACUGUGAGACGCCAACACGGGUGCCUGUUACGUCCACUAAUUGUGUCUACCUGUGCGCUCCGCGCGCGGCCGUAACGCUAUCUCUGGGGCUGCAUUUCUCAUUUGCAUGUUAAAGCAUCCCUGAUCAAUAGCCCCAGCCAAGCUGUUGGGUUUACUUUACCUCGUUUCAGGAAGGCAGGAACAGCACUAAUAGGCCCGAAACCGCACGCCGAGGGCCACUAACUGCGCGUCAGCUUGCCGCACAGACAAGUCAUUAGUCUAAUGCCUGUCAAGGCGGCAAGUGCCCAUGCGCUCCUCAUCCUUUCACCAGGCUCUAAUAGGAAGUUCCACACACUCUGCCGGUCGUGGUUUAGAGGCAUUCUUAGAAAUGCGUUGGCAAGAGAUAAAUCCCUUUGCUAACAAAUAUUUAAAUAUGGUCAGUGUUUUGUACAAAUUUAGCCCUAUUAGUUUCAUGGACUCGCCGUAAUGCUGAGAUGCUGAUCAUAAAUAAUACAGUUUUUCGCGAGUGGGAAUUUA